AGAAUACUAAAUCGAAGAAGAAAGAUAUCGACAUGGAUUUCUGGCCGGAGUUUAUGGCGAGCAGCUGGGGAAGGGAGUUCGUCGCCGGUGGAUUCGGAGGCGUUGCCGGUAUUAUUUCCGGCUAUCCCUUGGACACGCUGAGAAUUCGUCAGCAACAGAGCUCCAAAUCCGGAUCUGCCUUCACCAUUCUCCGCCGGAUGCUCGCCGUGGAGGGUCCCUCCUCACUCUACAGAGGCAUGUCUGCCCCCUUGGCAUCCGUUACCUUUCAGAAUGCUAUGGUAUUCCAGAUAUAUGCCAUACUCUCUCGCUCCUUUGAUUCCUCUGUUCCCAUGGAAGAGCCUCCUUCCUACAGAGGCGUUGCUCUUGGUGGGGUUGGCACUGGCGCUGUGCAGAGCCUCUUGCUUAGCCCCGUUGAGCUCAUCAAGAUUCGUCUUCAGCUGCAGCAGAGCAACAGCGGCCCCAUCAGUUUGGCUAAGACCAUCCUUAGGAGAGAAGGGCUCAAAGGGAUAUACAAAGGCCUCACCGUAACUGUUCUCAGAGAUGCUCCAGCUCACGGGUUUUACUUCUGGACUUACGAGUACGUACGAGAAAUGCUUCAUCCCGGCUGCAGGAAGAGUGGAGAAGAAACUCUUAGGACCAUGCUGGUCGCAGGUGGCUUGGCCGGUGUGUCCAGUUGGGUCAUUUGCUAUCCUCUUGAUGUCGUCAAGACCAGGCUUCAACAAGGAGGUCAUGGGGCUUACGAGGGCAUAGCCGAUUGUUUUCGUAAAAGCAUCGCACAGGAAGGCUAUGGAGUUCUCUGGCGUGGCCUCGGGACUGCAGUUGCCAGGGCCUUUGUUGUUAACGGUGCCAUUUUUGCUGCUUAUGAGGUUGCCUUGAGGUGUUUAUUCACUCAAUUGACGUCCGCUGAUGUUGUCACAAGAGAUUUGAGUAAAAAGCCAAAAGAAGACGCCUUGAAGAUUCAUAAAGAGUGAAUGUAGUUAAUAAUAUUGUUAGCACAGAAAAUUUGAGUUAUAUUUGCAUGGUCAUACAAAUCUGACUCACUUUAUGGACCAAGUAGAAACUCCGUCUGUGAUAAAUAGUUGUUGCUCCAACUUCUCUGUGCCAUAGAGAAGUUGGAAAACCGAUCCUAAACACAAAGAAAACAGAUGAAAUGAAAUUUGGUUACCUUAACAAAA